AUGGCGAUGCGUACAUGUCCAUCAGGCGCAGUCAAGAUAACAAACAAAGGCCGUCCUCCUGCCACCUUCACCAUUCCUUCCUACUCGAACAGCAACAGGAGGCCUGCCAACAUCCCGCUCCACAACCUUUCGUCCUCUGCCCGUCCGCGAGACCACGAUUCCGCUUAUCUGCUCGACGACCACGAUAAGGACAGCGCGCGGUCCUCGUUUGACACGCCGUCCUCCGACUCCGACCUUUCCGUCUGGAGCGACACUGGUGACCUCGUCGACCAGCUAGCUGACCGGGAAGAUCCGCUCCGCAUCAACCUCGAAGCCGGCAACUCAUCGAGGCCAGGCAAAAAGCGAGCUCGCUUUGCCUCCCAGGACCUGCACGAGAAGGGCUCGCACGGCCUUCGUCUGGAAGACAUCGAGAUACCUGACCCGGGACCACGAACAAUCUCAAAGGCAGAGAAGAUACUAGCCCAAAUCAUGGCACCCAACGAUGGGCCCUCCCGUAUCCACGGGUUACAUGGCAAGAAGCUGAUCUACUUCACAAGUGUCUUUGUAUCAUUAGGCGUCUUCCUGUUUGGUUAUGACCAGGGAGUCAUGUCCGGUAUCAUCACCGGUAUCUACUUCAAGGACUACUUCAACCAGCCUUCCGCCGUCGAAAUCGGUUCAAUGGUAGCUAUCCUCGAAGUCGGUGCCUUCAUCUCAUCGCUAGUCGUGGGCCGCAUUGGUGAUGUGAUUGGAAGACGGAAGACCAUCCUGUACGGCUCCCUCAUCUUCGUCGUAGGCGGUGCUCUUCAGACCUGCGCGACGGGCAUUCCUAUGAUGCUUCUUGGACGAGUCAUUGCUGGUCUUGGUGUCGGAUCGCUCUCCACCAUCGUCCCUGUAUACCAGUCCGAGAUCUCGCCUCCCCACAACCGAGGAAGGAUGGGCUGCAUUGAGUUCACUGGCAAUAUCACAGGCUACGCAGUCAGUGUGUGGGUUGACUACUUCUGCACUUAUAUCAAAAGCGACUGGUCAUGGAGAGUCCCGCUCUUUAUGCAGUGCAUCAUGGGUCUUCUUUUGGCCGCAGGAAGCUUGCUCAUUUGCGAGUCUCCAAGAUGGCUCUUGGACAACGAUCACGACGAGGAGGGCAUUGUAGUUAUUGCCAAUUUAUACGGAAAGGGCGAUAUUCACAACCCCAAAGCACGAGAUGAAUACCGAGAGAUCAAGAUGAACGUGCUGCUCCAACGUCAAGAAGGUGAACGAUCAUACCCCGACAUGUUCAAGCGAUACUCCAAACGCGUCUUCAUUGCUAUGUCCGCCCAAGCCCUUGCGCAACUCAACGGCAUCAACGUCAUCUCGUACUAUGCACCGCUUGUCUUCGAAGAGGCUGGUUGGUACGGUCGCCAAGCUAUUCUGAUGACAGGUAUCAACGCCAUCACGUACCUGCUAUCCACCAUUCCGCCAUGGUACAUUGUGGACACUCUAGGCCGCAGGAAGAUUCUGUUGUCUGGAGCGCUUAUGAUGAUGAUUUCGCUCUCCGCCAUUUCGUACUUCCAAUUCCUGCAAGCUUCCUGGACACCCAACAUGGUCGUCAUAUUUGUCAUGAUCUACAACGCCGCAUUCGGAUACUCAUGGGGUCCUAUUCCGUGGUUGUACCCACCAGAGAUCCUGCCUCUCAGCAUUCGUGCCAAGGGUGCCAGUCUGAGUACCGCGACUAACUGGGCUUUCAACUGGCUGGUUGGAGAAAUGACACCGAUUCUGCAGGAGCACAUCCAGUGGCGAUUGUACCUUAUUCACGCAUUCUUCUGCGCAGCCAGUUUUGUCAUUGUGUACUUCAUCUACCCCGAAACUGCGAACGUUCGUUUGGAAGACAUGAACUCCCUAUUCGGAGACGCUACUUCAGUCAUGCCCACUCCGGAAACUCUCGCGCAAGCCGAAUCUCUCUUCAGCGGAGAAGGUCGUGGCUCUCCUGUGCCCUCGCUUGAUAUCCGAGGCGGACGCCGUGCGCAAGACGACGCGAUCCCUGGACUCAGCAUCGACCCCCCUGACAUCGAGAGCGGCAACAAGAACAUGGCCAAGGCGGAUACCGAGAACGGCGACGGUCUUGGCGGUUGGAUCAGCAACAUGGUCAAGAGGACAAAGGGCAAUGGCGAAGGCGAUAGCUCGAGCGGAAAGUACAAGCAGGUCGGACAAGACGAGAACUAG